AUGCACUCAAGAAACUCAAGAACGUCGCGGUCUUCAAUCUCGAUCUCGCAACAGAGAAUGAUGUCGCACUCCAUGGCGGGUUUGGCGUUGGAGCAGCAAAAAUUGCUAUACUACAUAGGUGUAGACGUUGGAACCGGUUCUGCUAGGGCGUGCAUCAUUGACAGCAUGGGUAACAUUUUGUCGUUAGCCGAAAGGCCCAUCCAGAGAGAACAGCUAAAGCCCAACUUCAUCACUCAAUCAUCGCAGGAAAUUUGGCAAUCCGUGUGCCACUGUGUUAAAUCCGUGGUGCGGGAUUCUGGUGUUCCUAGCGAAAAGAUCCACGGUAUUGGCUUCGACGCCACAUGCUCCUUGGUUGUUGUGGAAGAAGGCACCAACAAGGAUGUAGCAGUGGGUCCUGACUUCAGUAAUACCGACCAAAAUAUCAUCCUGUGGAUGGACCACAGAGCCACGGAAGAAACUGCCGAGAUCAACGCCACGGGCGACAAAUGCCUCAAGUACGUUGGUGGCCAAAUGUCUGUGGAAAUGGAAAUUCCAAAAAUAAAGUGGUUGAAGGGUCACUUGCCCGAUGGCAAGUUCAACCAGUGCAAGUUCUUCGAUUUAGCAGAUUAUUUGACUUUCAAAGCUUCCGGCAAAGAAACACGUAGUUUCUGCUCAACAGCCUGUAAACAGGGACUGCUUCCUGUUGGCGUUGAGGGCUCCGAGGAAGGCUGGUCGCGCGAGUUUUUCAACCAGAUUGGCCUAGAAGAGCUGGUCGAGGAUGACUUCCGCAAAAUCGGUGGUGCUGUUCGCAAUAGCGACAAGGGCAAGAACUUUUUGAGUGCGGGCGAGUUCAUCGGGGCUAUCGACGAAACUGUUGCUGAAGAGCUGGGCAUUCCUAACCACUGUGUUGUUGGGUCCGGUGUCAUCGAUGCGUACGCAGGCUGGGUGGGUACCGUGGCCGCUCGUACCGAUGUUUCCAUCCCAGCCUUGGCCAAGAGCGACCAGGAGAAAGUUGGGAUUGACCGCGCGACAGGCCGUCUAGCUGCCGUGGCUGGGACCUCUACGUGUCACAUUGCCAUGUCGCGUGACCCCAUUUUUGUAGAUGGUGUGUGGGGGCCAUACAGAGACGUUAUGGCCAACAAAUUCUGGUGUGCCGAAGGUGGCCAAAGUUGCACAGGUGCUCUGUUGGCUCAUGUUUUGACCACACACCCGGCUUACACCGAAUUAUCACAAUUGGCUGAUGCCGCCAGUGUGUCCAAGUUCGACUAUUUGAACUCGCGUUUAGAAAACCUAGUGCAAACCAGUAAGUCGCGCUCGGUGGUUCAUUUGGCGAAACACUUGUUUUUCUACGGUGAUUAUCACGGAAACCGCUCACCCAUCGCUGACUCGUCUAUGCGCGCUGCGAUCAUCGGUCAGUCUAUGGAUAACUCGAUUGACGACUUGGCCCUGAUGUAUUUGGGAGCUUGCGAAUUCAUUGCACAACAAACCAGACAAAUUGUGGAGAAGAUGAUAGAUUCUGGACACCAAUUGUCCACUAUCUUCAUGUCCGGAGGGCAAUGCCGUAACGGUCUGCUAAUGAGACUGCUGGCUGAUUGCACGGGACUCCCCAUUGUCAUUCCAAGAUAUAUCGACGCUGCUGUAGUGUUUGGCUCUGCAUUGUUGGGGGCCGUAGCAAGUGAGAGUUUCGACAUGAGCGGGAACAAGUCUGCUCUGUCAGUCAGCCGUAAAUCCUCGAUUGCUGGAGACCCCUCGAACCAAGGCUCCGGUAAGAAAUCAGCGCUCUCCAAAUUUGGCGGCGUUGGCGGAGACGAUUUGCCUUCGCCAUACACCGCGCCCUCCGCCACUGCCAGCACGUCUCAGAUCGCAUCUACUGUAGGAUUUCCAUUCCCGACCGCCGAUGAGGGCCAUCGGUACGACGAAUCCUUUGAAGAAUCUCAAGAAGACGGAGCCGAGCUAAACUUCAAAGCCCAGUCCAAGUGGAAAAAGGACAUGGAGGACCGCAUGAAGGGAAGAUCCUCAGACAAUGGAGACACCAUGUGGAACGUCAUGUACACCAUGACAGGUGGCGGUAAGGUUGUACAGCCCUGCGCGGAGACCCAUCCUGAUCGCGUGUUGUUGAACACAAAAUACAAGGUUUUCCUCGAUAUGGCCGACACGCAAAGGAAAUACAGAAGAAUGAUUGACGAUCUGGAGGUAUAA